AUGGAUGAUGCUAUGUCCCAAUACAAUCAAAUGAUAACUGAAGGAUUACUCCCUGGUAUCAUAGUUUUCACCCCCCUUAUUAGUGGUUUUUGUUCUUGUGGCAAAUGGGAGAAGGUUGAUGAACUAUUUUCUGAGAUGUUGGAUCGCGGCAUCUGUCCCGACACAGUGUUCUUCAACACUGUUAUGGAUCACCUUUGCAAAAAUGGAAGGGUUAUAGAAGCCCAGGAUCUCUUCGACCUGAUGGUACACAUGGGUGUGAAGCCUUUUGUCCGUGAUUACAACACACUGAUACAUGGAUACUGUUUAGUUGGUAAGAUGGAUGAAGGGAGGAAGUUACUUGACAAUAUGUGCUCAAUUGGCUUGAAACCGGAUGAUUUCACCUAUAGCAUACUGAUUGAUGGUUACUCUAUGAAGGGAAGGAUAGGUGAUGCAUUGAUUGUUGUCAGGGAAAUGUUGGACAGGAAGGUUAAACCUUCUAUUAUCACUUUUAAUAUUAUGAUUGGUGCGUUGCUUAAAGGUGGCAGAAAGGAAGAAGCCAAAGAUUUGUUUGAUGGUAUCUGGGCCAAAGGAUUAGUGCCUGACGUUGUUACAUAUAGAUUAAUGAUACAAAAGCUUAUAGAAGAAGGUUCUCUACAAGAUUCUGAUGAUCUAUUCCUUUCUAUGGAGAAGAAUGGAUGUGUUGCCGACUCCCGUAUGCUAAAUGCUAUAGUUAGAAGCUUACUUCAGAAAGGGGACGUGCCGAGGGCUGGGACUUAUCUGUCUAAAAUUGAUGAGAGGAGGUUCACCUUUGAAGCUUCCACUGCUAGCUUAUUGACUUCACUUGCGUCAGGGGGGAAAGGCCAGGAAUAUAAGGAGUUACUCCCUGAAGAAUACCACUCUUUUCUGGAACAGGGCACUGGUUGAAACCAUUUCUAGAGAUUUUGCCUACAUAUUCUGGACUGCUAAUCGAGGCCUGAACUU